GAAUCCCGAUGUAUUCUGAUCGAGUGGAAGCUGAGACUGCAAGCAGGAAGACGGUAAAGAACCGUCUCAAUGUCGACUUUUCUUCUCGCGGGAGACAAGUCACGAGGAAGAGAGAAAGGCAGGAUGACGAUAAGUGGGAGCAUGAUCUUUUCGAUGAUGACAAGCCUCGAGUUUCAAGUCGCAGAGUUGACCCUAAAGAUCUACGCUUGAAGCUCCAAAAGAGACAUCAUGGCUUGCAAAGUCGAGUUGGAGGAGGAGCUACUUUGGCUGUGGGUGAUCUACGGCAAAAGCUUUCUGGGACGAUGAAUUCACAAACAAGGAGCACUAACCCACCAAAAACUAGAACGGAGGCUGCUAGAACAGCCGUUAAGAAGGUUCCAGUUGAAACCAAAUCUGAGACCAGAACAGCUUUGAACAAAGCUACCAAGAAGACUUCACAGCAGGCUGAUACGUCUGUUGAUAGCUUCCUGGAAUCAUUGGGUCUGGAGAAAUAUGCGACCUCAUUUCAAGUGGAAGAAGUUGAUAUGGAUGCUCUAAUGCAUAUGACAGAUGAUGACCUCAAAGCUCUGCUCAUACCAAUGGGACCUAGGAAGAAGAUACUUCUUGCUUUGGGAUCUAAAGAAGCAAAGGGUAGCAAGAAGUUUAGAAACAAACUUGUGCGCUUUGGUAUAUCAUCCUGGGAAGUGACUGAAGCUGGAAACAGAGUUGAUGACAGGCUAAACCAAGCUUUGAUAAAAGCACGAAUGAAAGAC